CCAGCUCCGCGGCGCCCUCGCCGGGUGCGUGCCGCUCGUGCGCCCGCCCGCCAGGCUCUCCGCGCCCGCAGCCCGCGCCGCCCUGGCCCGGGCCCUCCCGCCCGCGCUUCAUGGCUGCGCACGAGUGGGACUGGUUCCAACGCGAGGAGCUCAUCGGGCAGAUCAGUGACAUCCGAGUGCAGAACCUGCAAGUUGAGAGGGAAAAUGUGCAGAAGAGGACCUUUACUCGAUGGAUAAAUCUACAUCUAGAAAAGUGCAACCCACCUCUAGAAGUUAAAGACUUAUUCAUUGAUAUACAAGAUGGCAAAAUCCUAAUGGCCUUGUUAGAAGUCCUGUCUGGGCGGAAUCUGCUGCACGAAUACAAAUGUUCAUCACAUCGUAUUUUUCGGUUGAAUAACAUAGCGAAAGCACUCAAGUUUUUGGAAGAUAGCAAUGUUAAACUGGUUAGCAUCGAUGCAGCAGAAAUAGCAGAUGGCAACCCUUCUUUGGUUCUUGGGCUGAUAUGGAACAUAAUCCUCUUCUUCCAGAUUAAGGAGCUCACAGGCAACCUCAGCAGAAACUCUCCAUCUUCCAGCCUCUCACCCGGCUCAGGGGGCACAGACUCAGACUCAUCCUUCCCACCCACACCCACCACAGAGAGAGAGAGGAGCGUGGCCAUAUCGGUGAAAGACCAGAGGAAGGCCAUCAAGGCCCUGUUGGCAUGGGUGCAGAGAAAAACGAGAAAGUAUGGCGUGGCAGUGCAGGACUUUGCGGGCAGCUGGAGGAGUGGACUGGCUUUCCUGGCAGUGAUCAAGGCCAUUGACCCCAGCCUGGUGGACAUGAAACAGGCCCUGGAAAAUUCCACACGAGAAAAUCUCGAGAAGGCUUUCCGCAUUGCACAGGAUGCCCUGCACAUCCCCAGGCUCCUGGAGCCAGAAGACAUCAUGGUUGACACACCGGACGAGCAGUCUAUCAUGACUUACGUGGCACAGUUUCUAGAGCGUUUUCCGGAGCUGGAAGCUGAAGAUAUUUUCUAUUCAGAUAAAGAAGUUCCUAUUGAAUCCACUUUUGUUCGUAUCAAAGAAACUCCUUCUGAACAGGAGAGCAAAAUCUUCGUUCUGAAUGAAAAUGGGGAGCACACCUACACUAUUAACCAUGAAACCAGCCACCCACCACCCUCCAAAGUCUUUGUCUGUGACAAGCCUGAGAGCAUGAAGGAAUUCCGCCUGGAUGGUAUUUCUAGCCAUGCACUGUCAGACAGUUCCACUGAGUUCGUGCACCAGAUCAUUGACCAGGUCCUGCAAGGGGGCCCAGGUGACACCAGUGACAUCAGUGAGCCAUCUCCAGAAACCUCCAUUUUAUCAUCCAGAAAGGAGAGCCAGAGGUCCAACUCUUUGCCAAUCAAGAAAACAGUUCACUUUGAGGCCGACAGCUGCAAGGAUGCUUCCUGCAGUAAGGACCUGUCCCUUCACUUUGAAGGGAGCCCGAGAGUGGCAAAGGAACCACUGAUGGAGGAUGGACACAUCUUGGCAGUUGAGGUUGCUGAGGAAAAGGAAUGGAAACAGGAAUCCUUGAAGAUUCCAGAAUCCUUCUCUGACAAGGUCCCUGGUGAUGUUUUUUUUGCGGAGGGCACGAUCAAUAAUUCUCAGUCUUCUUCCUCCUAUAAUGGUGCUUUAGAGAGUACAGCCAGCCACGAUGAAGAAAGUCACUCUCUUUCACCCCCAGGAGAGAAUACCAUGAUGGCCAAUUCCGUGGAGUUCAAGGUUAAUCUGAUGACUGUAGAACCUCUGGAUGAGGAAGACUAUUUCGAAGCCAUCCCAUUAAAAACCUCGAAAUUUAACAGCGACCUAAUAGAUUUUGCUUCUACCAGCCAGGCUUUCAACAAAGUUCCUUCACCUCAUGAGACAAAACCUGAUGAGGAUGAUGAGGCUUUUGAGAAUCAUGCUGAAAAACUUGGUAAAAGGAGUACUAAAUCUGCUCACAAAGAGAAAGAUUCGCCAGAGCCUCAAGUUAAGUCUAACAAACAUGAAGCUCACCAGGACUCCGGAGAAGAAGCUGAAGGCUGUCCUUCGGUCCCAGAAGAGACACCAACAGAUAAAAAGCCAGAGGUAUAUGAGAAGGCCAAGGGAAAGUCCAUCCGUCCUCAUGAUGAGGAAGAGGGAGAAGACGGUGACCUGCAGGGUGUGGGUGAGGAAUUAUCUUCCAGCCCCACAAGCAGCAGUGUCAGUCUGGAGACCCUUGGGAGCCACAGUGAAGAAGGCCUGGAUUUCAAGCCCUCCCCACCCGUCUCAAAGGUUUCCGUCAUUCCCCAUGACGUCUUCUAUUUCCCGCACUAUGAGGUUCCCCUGGCUGCAGUUUUGGAGGCUUAUGCAGAAGACCCAGAUGAUCUAAAAAAUGAAGAAAUGGAUCUCGAAGGUCCAGAGGGUUGUAUGCAAGACCUGGACUCCAGGGAGGAGGAGGCCGAUGGCUCUCAGAGUAGCUGCAGUUCCUCAGUGCCAGGCGAGUGCCUCCCCAGUGCCAGCGACCAGGUGCUGUAUCUCAACAGGGAUGGUGGGAAUACCACACCAGCCUCGGAACCUGCUCCUCUGGCCCCCCAUGAGGACCACCAACAAAGGGAGACCAAAGAGAGUGACCCCAUGGACAGCCACCAGUCCCAGGAAUCCCCAAACCCGGAAAACAUAGCAAACCCCCUAGAAGAAAAGGUAACGAAAGAACCAAUCAGCAGUAAAAAAAAGGAAAAAAGGAAACAUGUGGACCACGUAGAAAGUUCGUUAUUUAUAGCACCUGGAACUGUUCGAGCCUCAGAUGACCUAGAAGAAGACACUGGCGACCACAGCGUUCCUUCCAGGACUAGUCACAGUGACUCCAGCAUUUACAUUCGACGGCAUACUAAUAGGUCUUUGGAAUCGGAUCAUUUUAGCCAUGUUCAGUUGAGGAACGCAGCAGAUCUGGACGACAGAAGAAACCGAAUGUUAACCAGGAAGGCCAACAGCUCGGGAGAAGCCAUGUCACUGGGGAGCCACAGCCCGCAGAGCGACUCCCUGACACAGUUUGUCCAGCAGCCGGAUAUGAUGUAUUUUAUUCUCUUCCUCUGGCUCCUGGUGUACUGCUUACUGCUCUUCCCACAACUGGAUGUUAAUAGGCUGUGAUGCGUGUGUCUGGAUAAUAAAAAAGAUAGGACCCUGACUGGGGGCGGGGUUACUUCAUUUUAUUUUGGGUUCUGGGUGGGGCACUUCUGCAGACAGUUGAGGACCUCCGAGGAAACUUAGACCCCCUUUCUCGCUGUUGGGGUUUAUUUUUUUUUUUCCCUGACUACCUGAGCAUGCUUUUUUCUUUGGCUAUGUACUUAAAACUCAGGCAGAGAGCUGGAUCCGUAGGUGGGGUUUUGUCCUCGUGUGCCUUGCUGGGUCAGAUAGGAAGCAUCGUUAGUGAUCAUUAGCCUGCCUGGAUCUUAGCACUUCCCACACGCAGGUUCACGUCUUGGAUGAACUUGAGUUUCUUACCUCUCAGAUGAAGGGCUGCUUGAUGAGGAAGAGGGUGGGUGCCCCAGGCCAAGCCCUAGCUGGGAAGAAAGCUGUCACGUUUUCCUCCAAGCAUGGGUGUUUGAGAGAAGGUGCUGGGGUCCACACACCUGUUGCAGUCUGGUAACUGGUUGCAUUUACUGGGGAAACCAGAGCAGCCGGCUCUGUGCAAGCACAUCCCGGAAUGGCAGAAUCCAGGGAGGAAGUUGAAAGCUGUGUUGAGAGCCAUAGUGUGCUCUUUUUCACCUCGGUUUUUCACCUUGUUUUGUUUUGUUUUGAGGGGAGAUGCAUUUUAAAUUCACUUUUCCAUUGAUUGGAUUAGAGCCAUGAUUUCAAAGGCCCCACAGGGCCCUGUAAAGGCCAUGCGGAGUGGCUGGGCUGGAAUCAGCUCCCACUGGUGCCGCAGCUGGACGCUGCGGCAACUUCCUACCAAUGAAAGCUUUGGUGCACACCUGCCUCAGAAUGCAUGUCUUGGCACGGGUAUCCUUUGUGGUCAGUUGCAGUGGGCUUCUUGAAAAGGCUUUCUGGACAGCACUCCGGGAGCAGGCCAGCACAGGAGGUUUCUGAGAGAAGAGAGGUGUCUCUAGCACCCACCCAGCCGCACUUCCCACCAUCUCCCUCAGCCCUGGGCUCCAUCUGCUCACUCCUUCCUCCCAAGACUCGAGUCUGUGCAUCGGUUUCUCCUCCCCUUGCUCUCCCCUUCAGAAAGCAUGUACCAGGCAACCUUAUGAAAUCGUGAACGAGUCAAGAGAGAACUGAGAGAGCAUUUUGUCUGGCUGAACACAGAGAGACAGAGCAUCUUGCCCAAGGUCACACAGUCAAUCAGGGAUGGACUUGCAGUGAGCAUACAGGCACUUGAUGCCCUGUCCAGAGCUGUCCCCUCUUGUAGGAGACUUCCACCAGGCACGCCAGUGUCCUGAGAAAAAGAUUAAAUGACUAGAUUAAAAUGUCCACCUUCAAACAAAACUGAAAAUUUUACGCCAACUAUUGACAUUUAUUUUGUUCUUGUAUUUUUCCCAUGAGGAAGUCUUAUUCACCUUCAACUCAUCUCCGAUUCCUUCUGUAAUACCCUUGACAGCUGCAACAGCUUGUCAUUUGACAUACAAGCAUCGUUCUUACUCCAGGAAUCACGUUUCUUUCUUUGCUAGCCAAGGGCUUGCUCAUUUCAAGCAGUGGGUUUCAAGUUUACUGAAUUCCAGCAUGGCCAGAAGAAUUUACAUAGCACAUCUGAGUUGAUGACAGCCAAAAUCUGGCCUCUAAACCAGUCUGAUUAUAGUCUGUCUCCCCUCCUGAAAGAAUUUCAGCCUUCCAAGCAGAAAGCUGUUGGGAGCUUGGAGUGAUUCCAUCUGGAAGGCCAAGAGCCCCAUGGAAAAUGAGCUAGUUAAUGAGCUCCCUGGCAUCAGUGAAAGCGCAAAGGUACAGAUAAUAAAGAUUAUGUGUGUGAUAGUUUAUAACCCUGGGCACCACGUGGUCCCCGCCUAAAUUAGAUGCUCGAAGAGCCUGGGAAGAGCUGACCCAAAUGUGCAUCAUUUCAUUUUAUGGGUCUAGACCUUGUUCAGAAAAACCUCUGCAGGCUUCUUCUCUCACCUAUUACAACUUGUAAUGUUGUUUAAAACAUCUAUUGGCAAGAUGCCUAAAAGUCAUUUGGUUCUGGUUGGCUGUCAACUGAUUUUUUUUUAAAAGGAAAAGAAAGUCUCAUUUGAAUAUAGACUUCUAUGGAAGAAGUUGGAUAUAGAAAAUGGAUGUGGAAGUCUGCAGAACAAACCACCCAUUGCUUGUAAUUUUAUUUUAAUUAAAAUAAAUACAGUAAGAGAGCUGAGGUCAGGACAUUGAGGCCAGCCUUUAACAAGAACUAGCAGUGCCCUAAGUCUUGCUCCUUAGAAGUAGCCACUUUCAACUCUCUUAUAUUUGCAUGUUUUAAUUAAUUAGAAACAUCUACUGGCUUGCUAUCACAGUAGAUGAGAAUUUCACUCUUACCAUACUGUGUUUUGGUUUUCCAGUGUAGCUAGAUCACAUCAUUUAGUACAUUACUGUUAGGUGUUGACAUUACUUGGAGCACGUAAGGAUUGUUGACUCCCAAGCCCAGCACUGCCUUAUGGUAAUGUGUCCUUUGUCCUCCAAAUUUCCCCCCUUAAUUUGUUAUUCUCUCUCUUUACUUUUUUUUUUUUUUUUGGCGUGGCACAUUCUUUAAUAACUUCCUGAGGAAGAGAACAUGGGAAGUUAAUAUGGUUGUAAAUAUUUGGAGAUUUUUGCAUGACUUAAAUUGUGUAUUCUGCUGAGCACAGAAUGCCAGGUGGAAAACAAUACCUUCUCCUAUCCCCUCCCAAGUGGGGUGGUUGAGAUUUCGGAUGUCAUUCUGAUUCCCAUGCCUUUGUAUGUGACUUAGGUUUUUUAUCCACCCUCCCUGGAAACAUUUAAGAUCUCCUUAUUCUUGGUGUUCUGAACUGCCAUGAUGGCAUUGUAUCCUGAGUGUUGAACCUUGUGCUGGGCCCUCAUGGGAAAUUUCUUAAAUGUUCCUGUGAUUAUUCACAUCCUUUGUUUCUGACCACCUAUUAUUUCAAUGUUGGAUCUUCCCCUGCCCCCAGGCUGAUGCUCUGAUAUUUUUCUGUUUUAUUUUUCAUCUAUGUUUCUGAUCUUCAGGAAGAAUUAUUUGUUUUUAUCUUCUUAAUCUGAAGGUUUUAUUGAAUUUUUAUUUUCCAAAUUAACAAAACCUUUAGUCAUUGUCCUGUCUUUGUUUUAUAGUGUCCUGUUCUUGAUUAGUGGAUGCAGAUCUUAGCUCUCUGUGGAUGUUAAUGAUUGUGUGUUGAGGGGAAGUUCUUUCCUGCUCCCUGUGUUGCCCUUGUUUUCUCAAGUUUUCUUUCUUUUGGUUGGUCUCAGUCUCUUUCAUGUUAUAAACUUUUCUCAGACAUCCUGUGGAUCUGUUCAUGUUUAAGAGUGAGGCAUCCAAAAGCUGACUCGAAGCUCUGCACCACUGGUCAGCUUUUCCCUAGGAUUACCAGGUGGGCAUCUGGACUCAUCACUGGAGAACCCUGCAUGUCAAUAUUUGCAGGUUUUUCUCUGGGGUUCAUUCUGUUUCUUUAGAGAUAUUCCCACUACUCUGCUACCUAGGAAACGGGCAUACACAGGGCUGCUUUUAGCCUACGUUGAGCCCUCAUGGAGUUUCAGAAAAGGUGUCCCAUCUGGGCAGAGCCCCCAUGAGCACUUGGCUUGACUGGCAGAGGACACCUUUUGCCCCUUCCUCCAGGCGUACGCAGCCCUGAACUUGGACAAUGCUUGAGAAACAACGCAAAGGCUGGAUUUUAACUCCUAACUGGCCUACUUAGCCAGGUGCCUCCGUGCAAUGCACAAACUGUAGGGCCAUAUCCAGAGACCCUGGUCUAUAUCUGAGUGCCUGAGUUCUGACCACUGAGCAGGCAGCCUCAUCACCCAUGAGUAGACUCAUUAAGUUGCUCCCACCUUUGCUAUGCCUGGUGUCCCUGAGUGGGAGCUGCUCUGAUUUCUCCAUGGAGUAGGAGCAUGGUGGUCAUCUGUUGCAUGGGAAGGACAGGGGGCCUCAGAGCCAACAAAUGAACUGGUCUUCAGCCCCAUGUCUUACCUCAUGCCUCCCAUUCCAAUCCCCAAGCCUCUCCUGGAGGCCACAGCACAUCUCUGCUGACCACUCUGUGGCCUCCCCGCUGCAGGCAUGUGGUUUUAGGAUCCCCCGCCCUGCUCGCUUCUCUGUCACUUUCAUUCCUGCGUAAAUAGGUGGCUAGCUCUGGCCUACUGUUCUCUUCUCUAUCCCUCUGUCUUCAUGGCUAUAUUAACAUAACUUUCAUUCCUUUGCUCUUAUUCUUAUGGUGUUUCAUGAAGGAAGAAAUGGGCCUGUGUGUUCGGUAUACCAUCUUGAUGCAUAAAUGCCAUUUGCGUUUUCUCAUUGGUUGCUUAGGGGGCUUGCUGCUCUGUUGAGUGGUUUGUGAACAUGCCCUGUGUUCAGCUGGGGCUGUAGCAACAUCUAUCCUGUCGAGCUGUGAUCUACUGAGUGCCUUUGUGUAAUGCUGUGCCAAGUGCAGGAAAGGGUUAAAUAGCAUGGGUAAGUUCUGCUUGAAUGCCAUGAUUAGUUAUUACCCUCCUUCCUUCCACCUGGUUGUGCUGCCUACUCCAAGUGAAUGAUCUGAGAUCUCCUGCCUCCCCAAAGACAUAGUCUAUGUGGUCGUGUGGGUUCUAGAUUUUCUUUACCACCCCACUUCAUUUAAGAAACAGAAAACUGACUAGGCACAGUAGUGGCUCACACCUAUAAUCCCAGCAUUUUGGGAGGCCAAGGCAGGAAGAUUGCUUGAGGCCAGGAAUUCGAGACCAGCCUCCAUCUCUACAAAAAGUUAAAUUUAAAUUAGCUGGUGUGGUGGCAUACACUUGUAGUCCUAGCUACUUGGGAGGCUGAGGCAGGAGAAUUGUUCAAGCCAAGGACUUCGAGGUUACAGUGAACUCUGAUCCUGCUGUUGCAUGCCAGCCUGAGUGACAGAGCGAGACCCUGUCUCAAAAAUAAAUACAGAAACAAGUAGUCCACACAGGUGUUUGCCAACAAACAAAUGGCAUGGGUCUCUGCUGAACAUUUUGGCCAACAUUUCCUUGUCAAAGUUUGUAUCUUGCCAUAGUUGAUGAUCAGGGUGGUCAGGUGUUCCUGGGCAGAUCUGACCUUUGUGGGGAGAUAGUCUCCCACCAAGGCUCAGAAGCAGGAAGUACAUUCUCAUUGCCCCAUGGGCAGCCACCCAGAACAUGGACUUCUCCAUUUGUGGGGUUCAGCACAGCUCCCCCCACCCUCUUCCCAUGCAGUGCGUGUCUGCCCUUUGUCAGGAUGGAACAGAGGGAAGGUGGAGGCAUUGGGGGCAGCCUGUGUAAUUGAUCUCUGUAAGUCACAGACUUUGAAAACCUCAGGAAUUACAUAAGCACUCAGUGCCUCGUUUAAGAGAUGAAAAACUAAAGAUUAGAAACGGGAAACCACUAGUUACCCUGCUAGUUUGUGACCUCGGGAUAGCCAUCUUCAUUCCAGUUACAUUUUCUACAAAACUACAGCCUCAGCUGCUGAAGCUAAUCUCCCCACCCCUUAUCACUAAGGACUCAGAACAGAAUGGAGAUCAUCUCCAACAAAAGUCAGAAUAAGCAAGUACAGGUGUGUCUUGCGAACAUGUCAGAAUCCAUCAUGGCUGCUUUGGUAAGGAGCUGUUCUCCUUCCGUUGUCGUCCAUUGGAGGGCAGCUGUAUGACAAGAAUGCUUUCACAUGUGCUCCGAUUGUCUUAACUCUCCAGAAGGACUUCAGAAGCCUCUGGAGUUUUGAGACAUGGCCUCUCUCUCCUUUCUGCUUGGAGACUCCUUCCUCAGGGGUCUCCACUGCUUUCCUUGUCUGUAUUCCUUUGUGGAGCUUUGUGUCCUGAGGUCCCAGAAAUGGGCUGUGUGGGAGCCUCCAGUCAGCCUGGCUUCUCAGGACCUUCUUAGCCAUGUGCUUGCCAGGAAAUGAGACGGCACAAAGCUCUGCAAGGCCCAGGUGUGUUAUUUCUCCUUCCCCAACAUUGCAUAAUCACUGCUGACUCAGCAUUUGGGGAAGAUGUAAUGUCUUCGGCCAGCAUCUGCCAUCUGGAGCUGCCACCAAAUAGCAGGUUGUUCUGGGCCAUCGAGCUCGUGAGGGGGCUGCCCUAAUGACAAGGUCCAGGACCUGGGCUGGGUGGCAGAAGGCUGGGAGCUGGCAUGGGAGUUAUCGUGCUUCUUUGCUAAAAAUUGCUGUGGGCUUUUCCCCUAACAGCCAGUGUGGGAGAGCUAAACAUGAGACACAGCAUUCCUUUGAGCUCCACAGAUCUGGCGCCUUGCUCUCACCAGGCAUUUCCUUGGAGAACAGCUGUCAGCGACUCAAGGACGUGAACCCCAUGCACAGACUUUGCAUGGACUUUGCACAGGUUCCGUUUCCAUCAUGUGCAGACACCUGUGUCUUUGGGCUCCACAUGAGCAUCUGCCCUCUUCACUCUGAUUUUCUUUUUUUAAGAGACAGUGUCUUACUCUGUCACAGAGGCUGGAAUGCAGUGGUGCAAUCACAGCUCACUGCAGCCAGGAACUCCUGGGCUCAGGCAAUCCUCCUGCUUUGGCCUCCCAAGUAGCUUGUACUACAAGUGUAUGCCACCACACCCACCUAAUUUCUUUACCUUUUGUAGAUACAGGUCUCACUGUGUUGCUCAGGCUGGUUGCAAACUCCUGGCCUCAAGUGAUCCUCCUGCCUUGGCCUCCCAAAGUGCUUGGUUUAUAGGUGUGAGCCACUGUGCCUGGCCUUCACCGUAACUUUUUUUUAAGACCCCUACAGUGACCUUCAGACCUUGUCAUUUCUCUACCAUUGUGUGUGAGACAGGGCAUGGCGUGAGCUUGGUCAUGUGUAGGUCAGAAGCCUGGAGACUCAGAGCUCCUGGUUCCCCGAGAGCCUGCAAAAGUUAUCAGAGUUCCUGAGCUGACUGUUCUGCAAUUGCCAGACCCCACAAUGCUGGGAAUACUGGCUUAUUUGUGUUUAGAACUUGUUCUGAGAACCUGGCUGAGAACACAUCAAGCAAGCAGUUCCUCGCAGCCAGGGCUGGAGCAGCAUGCCAAAAAGCAUUCUUGUCUAUGGAAAAAAGACAACCAGCAUUUUGUGCUGUUUGACCAACUUGUUUUUAAAUACACACAUGCCUCAACAGUCCCAGCCUCAAUCCCAUUCCUAACUUGUUUAAAUCCCUGACACUCAGAUGUCAAGGCUAACUUCAUCUAGCAGGGUUCUCUUUAAAGGAACUCUUUUUUUUGUUUUCAUUUUAAUCACUGCCUUCUUCUCUGGGUGGUAUUAUGGGAUAGAGAAAGAAGUCAGGUUUGGGAGUCAGCCACAUUAGAUUAGAGCCCCAGCUCUGUCACCAGAUCUCGGGGUGAUCUUGGUGAACUAACCUCUGAGCUUCUGUGCAUUAUUGGCAUUCACCACGUAUUUGUUGAAUGAAAAAUAGCUUUUUUGAAAGUUUAUGAAGUUGUCGGAUGCCCAGCAGCACCCGUUUUUCUCUGUAUCCUUCCUCUUGAAGCAAGCAUUGACUAUACCUCUUUCCCUAACCCUCAGUUUACCAUCGCUUCUUCUAACCUCUCUCCAAUCCACUACCUUCUUCCAAGCUACCCUGUCUCAAAUCUAACUCAGGCCUUUUUGCAAGAGGAAGUUUAAGCCAUUGUUUACUCAUUAACUCACUUGACCCUUAGAACAAUCAUGGGAGGUGUUUAUUUCAGAAAGGAAGCUAAAGCACAGGACAGAAAAAUAACAGGGUCAUAGCACGAGCUAAUAAGUAGUAGAACCGGGAACACAGGUCUCUUGUUUCUAACAUGGAUUUGCACUCUCAACCUCACUGCGGUUGCAAAUUUGCAACCAAAAUGCCCACCCUGAAAGGGUCUUUUGCAGUAAAAUCUCAGUGUCCAACAUCCAAGACAGUUCUUCAGGGUCUUCAAUUAACUGUACGUCCUGCCCCCAGCUGCUCAUGUCUGCACCUGUAACGUGUACUUCUCAGAGUAGGAAACUGGGCUUUCUCCUUCAAAAAGAAAAGUAGAGAAGGCCGAAGACAGCAUAAUUAAAAUGGAGAGGUAGAGACCACGAUUACUUGAAUGAAUUCAUAAUUGGUCUCCGAGACAGGGAUUAUCAUUUUUCCUGUAUUUUAAGCUUAAAAGUAAUGAUUUUGCAUUGUUACAAAAAACAAAAUAGCAAAAUAUUUGAUAUUUGUAUUCUAUUUCCAACAGCUACCACCACUUCCUUUAGCCCCAGCAAAAAUGAAUAGGUGCAUAUUCUCUGCAAGUCCAUGCUGUGAGAAAGGACAGCCCCAGAACGCCAGUAUUUCUAAAUGUCAUGCAAGGAUUUACACACGUUUUCAAAGGAAACUCUGGGAGCGCCUAUUACCUGGAGAGCUGACAUUGUCCAAAACAGGCCAACACUGGUCUGCGUAUGGAGAACCCACGUCCUAGCUCUGGCUCACCUGCAGAUGCCUUGAAUUUACCUCUCUGGGUUGGAAGUGGGAAGACCUCUUUUAAAAGUCCUUUCUAGGUUUAAAACUCUGAAGGUUACCAAGGUAGUUUUUAUUUAUCUCAAUAAGCGGCCUAUUGCUCAAAUCAAGUUUACUUCUGUAUUAUAGCCCCAAAGCUUAGGGCAGUGCUUCUUGGCUUUCGUAUCUGAGAAAGGUGCCUUUGGGAAGAGCUUGAAUCUUACAGGUUUGGGAUGGAUGUUUGAGGUAGAACCUGGGAAAUCUGCUUCCUAGGGCUGUUAGAACUAAAUUGGUCUCCUUAAAUUACGUCAGCAUCUGAGGGAGUUUCUUAAGGGAAUUUCUUUUAAAUUCAACAGUUCAGCUGCAGAAAUAGGUGUAAAGGACUAGAUCUUCCCACUCCCUCACCUUUUCCCCUUUCCUAAUAACGACUCAAAAAGGCUCCUGAAAUUCUACUCAGAGUCAGAGCCGUUUGCAUUCCAGCAAGGAUCCCUUAAGCCGACGGCUGGCAUGCUGGUGUAGGAUGUCCCUGGGGUAGGAGAGGUAGCUGUGGGGAGGGGAGUGUGGCGCAGGGGACACCUGCCCUCUGACCUUGAAAUUGCACCAUAAGAUGCUGCCUGUGUCACUCAUAGUGGUGCUGAAACUAUCCGCCAAAGACAAAUUGUGAACAUGGAAAAAUUGUUGUUCCCUACUGUACAUCCUCAGGACAUACUACUAAAACUUGGAGACAGGCGAUUGUUCAGACCAUAUUGUACUGGGUGGUGAUGGGUGUUUUAUUUCGGGGGAGUCUGGUCUAUUUAGCAGAUUUAAUGUUUCCUUAUUGUCAUGGCAGGGCUUAAUUGACUAAGUUUGAAAGUUUUUACUGAAAGCUCUAAAAAAACUAUUGAGGAAAAUGAAAUGUUAUUUUGUAGUACAAGGAUUAUUUUUGUCUAGUAUAUACAUAACUGUAGCUUUGUAAAAAAAAAGAAAGAGAUCUUUGUAAAAAAUAUAUUAAUGUCCUGUCUUAUUUAUUGAUUACUGUAAAUGAAAAUAUAAAUGGCUAUUUGCAUAAUUUAUACCUGUGGGAAAUUAACUGGAGUAUUUGUUAUUUGACUGUUUUCUAUUAAGGAAUAUUAGGCUUGGUGCUAUGAUGAGUGAUCUUGUAAAAUUACCUGUAUUCUUAAAGAAAAUUUUUGAAUAUAAAUUUCUUGAACUGAC